GGAAAAAUCAAUAUUCCUGGCGACGGCCAUUUCGAUGCAGAUCGAAAAGAUCUGAACUUUCUCUGAGAAAACAAUGUUCAAAGUGGUUGCUGAUCCAGUCAGAAAAUUUGGAAAGAACCCUGUGGGUAGUUAAAAUUUUCCCGGAAAAAUCUGAGAGAAAAUAAAGGAAAAUACAGUUUCUACCGGGAGAGAGAAAGAGAGAGAUGGGAGACGUGGGGAAGGCGAUGGGAGUGCUGAUAAGCGGAACUCUGGUGUAUUACCACUGCGCUUUCCGCAACGCAACGCUUCUCUCUCUCUUCUCCGAUGUCCUUAUCGUUCUCCUUUGUUCCCUCGCCAUUCUUGGUCUCCUCUUCCGACAACUCAACAUCUCGGUACCUGUGGAUCCGCUAGAAUGGCAGAUAUCGCAAGACACAGCCAAUAACAUCGUUGCACGCUUAGCUAAUACAAUCGGAGCAGCUGAAUCUGUUCUCAGGGUUGCAGCAACUGGGCAUGACAAGAGACUAUUCGUUAAGGUCGUUAUCUGCCUCUUCUUGCUGUCAGCUCUGGGCCGACUCAUAUCCGGUGUUACCGUUGCUUAUGCAGGACUGUGCUUGUUCUGUCUCUCCAUGCUCUGUCAGAAUUCGCAGUCUUUUGGGAAUUGCGUACUGAAGCGAAGAAACGGAGAGGUUUUGGAACAAGAUAGACAUGCUGAUUCCUAACUUUGUACACCUUGUCUUUUUCACUUCUCUGAGUUCAUAUUCUGAUGAUAGUUUCAGGUAGUUACCAUCUCUGUACAUGCCUCUUGUUCAAUAUACACUUGAUUGCAUUGGAUCUUGCCCUUCACACAUCCGUUUGUGUGUAAACGAUCGAGUUCUCCAAUCAUUAUUAAAAAACAAAAAUCCUUGUGUGAA